AUGCCUGCAGAACUCGCCAAGGAGGAUCAGACCAUUCAACAAAGGAUUAGCCUCCCUAACCAUAUCAUUAUGGCUGGUGGUGGUUUUGUUACUAGUGAUGUUAAAAAUUAUCCAGAAAAGGUCAGUUGGGAUGCGAUAAUUGCUUGUAUUCUUGGAGCCAUGGUGGCUAAUUUUCAGAUAUGGCAUCGGUAUCUCCGGUGGUGUCUCAUCAUGGCUCUCUUUUUGAAAAAUGUUUCCCAUCAGGUGUUGGUUUUUCCACUCAGUCUGUGCCAGUUACCUCUCAGAUAUGGCUCCAUCAAGAUACUGUGGUGCUUUCACCGAUGUGUUCCAGACUUCCAGUUAGCAAUCACAAUUGAAAUUUUGAUAGUUAAUGUCGUCAACUUCUUUACCCCUAAGAUUUCUGGAGGACUGAGAUGGCGUGUAAGCUUAGGCAGUGCAGCCUUCCUGCUCUCUUCAUCUUAA